CUACAACCAGUGUGUAGAUACUGGCUUUUAUGAACCAGUUGUUCUAUUUAAUUGUUAAUGUCUUUUAUUUUUUGUAAUGUUUCGGGUGUUCCAUAUCUCUCUUGUGUUUGUAUAAGACGAGAUGGUUGGUUUACACUAUAUGAUUUUCUUUUCGUUUUUUGUUAAGAUUUAGUAUUUAGACUUUGAUGUUGUGUCUACAACUUGGUCUAACCAUUUACUGCUUAUUAAUUAUUUUUAGUUAAUGCUCAUUAUUGUUAUUAUGUUUUAUGUUUGCCUUUGGCAGGUCUUAAAUGUAUAAUAAACAGUUAGGAAUCGUCCUACGAGUUCCUUUCAUCAUUAGAAUUUAGUUGUCUUCUGUGCCAAACCCACCACAUAUGCAUCUGUCCUACGUUAGCUUUCUUCUUCUUUCUCUCGACUGAUGCGAUGCAGCUUCGUUUCUUUUGCACUCGGCGAAGUUCAAGAUAACACAAUAAUCAAUAAUAAACCAGGUCAUUACCAUGUUUUGGCAUCUCAAAUCUCAAUUGAUCUAAAAUAUAGCCUAAAUAUAGCCAUAGCAGAUCAUGUUGUUACUCGUUAAAUUUGAUAGUAGACCUACAAUCAUAGAUCUAUCAUCAUGACACAUGCUGCCAUGCAUGAUGUAGAUAUUUAUCCUUGCAUGGUUCGUGAUGGGGCUAAUAAAUUACCGUGAUUGUUGAACCAGUCAUUCACUGACAGUUGUUUAUAGUAAACAAAGGAACAAAAUGAAGACACAAUGUCCAGAUGCAUGAAUUGGAGAUUUAGUAACAAAAGAAAAAGAACCUCAUAUGCUGAACAUAAAACUUAAUGGUUUUUAUAUGCUCUCAAAACAUCAAAUCUUGCGAAACCAGAGUCCUAUCAAUGGUCUUUUUCCUUCUAUUGGAUCUGACAAGAAUACAAAUAGAAUAGCUCAUGUUCAGGAUUCUAUUUACUGUGCAGUUGCUGUUUGGUCACUGGCUCAAGUUUAUAAUCAGAUUUUCAUCAGAAUAGAUAGCAAUCCUUUGUUAGUCAAUGUCUCACUAAAGAUUGAUGAUGACCAGGGCAGGAUCAUAAGUUGGGCCAAGCUGAUGAUAGGCAUGUUGCAAUGUUGGAUAUUCAAGUUGGCCUCCUUCAGUCUUAGAGCGACUAUGGUUCAUCUCAAACACUUUUCCAUGUGCAAUGUUGGAUAUGACAGGCAGAUAAGGUGAGUAGUUUGUUUACAACCAAGCAUAGAA